AUGGCUCCAAGGGAUGUUGUUGUGACGAAAACGACAACAGCUGGAAACCGCGAACAUGUCCAACGUCUCGAAGCAUUCUAUGCUCAUCAGAUCUGUGACUGGAAAAGCGACGUUGAAUACUUGAGCGACUCGGUUGUCGUCGAUUUCCACCGCAGACUUAACCGUGCCUACACCAAGAUCAAGGCCGCCACCGACGAUUCUCAUAUCAUAGCGAGUACCACCGACCAAGAUACGAUCGAGCACGCCCUGGCUAUCGAGAACCUACGGGUUCAAAUUGAUAUCAGCAACUCCCUCCGCGGAAUCUUUGAGACCCUCCACCAUCGCGACGCCUACAGCAGCCACCCGAAAGGCAAACUGGAAUUGAAGCGCAGAUAUCCAACUUUAACUCCUCGUUUUGGUCCUGACGCCCUGCCUCAGCGAUUCUUCUUAGAGACUGGGCAGGUGGACGGCAUCAAGCGAUCUGCUCCUGGUAGUGAUGGAAAGGAUGCGGGCGGCGGGAAGAAGCCCAAAACUAAGUAG